GUGCGCUCUGAGUCUGCUCCACGUCGUGUUGUCACCCCGUCCGGGACUUUGUCUGUCUUUCAAGAACACGUUAGUUUGACUUCAGCGCUAAAAAAUGGCACCCAAGAAGGACGUUAAGGCUCCUGUCAAGAAGGCGGAAUCCCCCGUCAAGAAGGCCGAACCCGCUGCGGCGCCUGCGCCCGCAGCCGCGCCCGCACCUGUUGCCAAAACCCCCGCCGUGGACCUGUCCGCCGUCAAGAUUGAAUUCAGUGCAGACCAAAUUGAAGACUACAAGGAGGCCUUCGGUCUGUUCGACAGGGUGGGCGACAACAAGGUGGCCUACAACCAGAUCGCUGACAUCAUGCGUGCUCUGGGACAGAACCCCACCAACAAGGACGUCAACAAGAUGCUGGGGACCCCCUCUGCUGAAGACAUGGCCAACAAGAGAGUGGUGUUCGAGGGCUUCCUGCCCAUGCUCCAGACCAUCAUCAACAGCCCCAACAAGGCCGGCUAUGAGGACUACGUUGAGGGUCUGCGCGUGUUCGACAAGGAGGGCAACGGCACAGUGAUGGGCGCCGAGCUGCGUAUUGUCCUGUCAACACUGGGGGAGAAGAUGAACGAGACUGAGAUUGACGCUCUCAUGGCGGGUCAGGAGGACGAGAACGGCUGCAUCAACUACGAGGCCUUUGUCAAGCACAUCAUGUCAGUCUGAGGGCGGCGAGCGUGGGGAAUGUGCAGACCCCAUGGUGUCGAGACAUUCACCCGCACCGCCUGAGGCAGCAGCGCAAACAAAGGACUAUGAGAUGCUAUUUCUGAAUCCUUCCAUUGUUUUGUUGUUUUGUUUUUCUUCCCUCGUCUCCGACUGGUGCUCUUUAGGCUUCUCCAGAUGUGGGAGCCGCCCUAAAUCCCCCCCUUCCCCCGGCCCCCUAAAAAACACCUGUGUAUCAAUUGGGGGUGUCACAUGUUUUCAGGAGGACUAAGCAGCCAUGUCCUUCCCCUUCUCUCCUCACAAUAAACUUUUCAUGAGUUCCCAUUUUAUUUCCAGCUUCUCAUGCUUUUUUUUUCCCCCCCGGGAAAGAAAACAAGACAACUCUCUCACACUCAUCUGCACCUUCUUUAUUUGUAAUCAAUCACCGUAAAUGGAGUCUUAUAUCAUUGAGAUCAACAAACGACAAAAAAAAACAAAACAAAAAAAAAGGUCAUACAUCUACUUGUUUUUUUUCAAAUACAUUUACCGGCUGCAGGUUGGGAUGAACGGUGUCGGAAAAAACACGGAAGCAAAGCAAAACGUUGAUGUGCUGUGGAGCAAGUCUGGGUUAGUAUUGACCUCAUCCCUCCCCUUGAACCCUGACUGAAGAAUGCACUGCAAGUUUAAAUUGUACUUCUAGCAAUUUCCCUACUUUUCAGAGCUAUUUGCUUAUUUCUAGUUUUUACCUUUAAAGCAGGGGUCUCCAAACUACGGCCCCCGGGCGUCUUCAGUUUGACGUCAUGAGUUCAAUAAGGAAUCUAACGCCAAAAAAUAUUCCAUAUCUGAUUACUGUAAAAUUUCCAAUCCAAACAACCUUCCCUAGUCAUGGCGCAAAAAGCAUAAAAAGCCAACACACAUGGUCAUACAUAACAACAUGCUUAAUAAACUCUGCGGAAUGUAUUAAAAAAA